CAGCUAGAGAAGAGGCUGCGUAGAACGUGGCGAGGAAAGCGCUCGCCCCCAAGACCGCGACCAGCGCCGCCACAACCUUCUCCGCGACCUCGCCCGGGGUAGAGCCGCAUCCCACCCCGUCGCCCACCACCCGGCACUGCGCAGGCGCCGGCGGAGCCCCAGCGCGGCCCGUCCUCUCGCGCGCUCUCCGACCUCCCGGGCAAGUUCCCGGGCAGGGUAGGCGCGGUGCUUCCUGGGUGUUGUAGUGCAAUUCCCGACGAAGCGCCGCUUGCGGACCGGGCGCUGGGUUACCAGGACUACUUCUUCCAGCGUGCCCCGCGCGGGGUCAGCGCCGAGAGGCGGAUCCGAGAAGCCGGCCGCGGCGAGAGGAGGGAGUGCGCAUGCGCGCUGGGCCGGCUGAUCCAGUUCCGUCCCAAUCAUUGUAAACAGGCGGAGGUUGGGGCGGGGUGGGAAUGGGGCGCCCGAGGCCGGCCGGGGGUGCAGCGCAGGAGGCGGCUGCGGCGGCGGCGUGAGCGGAGGUGGCGGCGGCUGCGGCUGGGCGGGCACAGGUGAGAUGGACAGGUAACAGACAAGCCCCCGCACGGUCUGUCCCGGCGGCAGCAUGACCGAGUGCUUCCUGCCCCCGACCAGCAGCCCCAGCGAACACCGCAGGGCAGAGCACAGCGGAGGGCUCCCCCGCACCCCCAGCUCGGAGGAGAUCAGCCCCACCAAGUUCCCCGGCCUCUACCGCACGGGCGAGCCCUCGCCUCCCCACGAUGGCCUCCACGAGCCUCCUGACAUCGUGUCCGAUGACGAGAAGGACCAUGGGAAGAAAAAAGGGAAAUUUAAGAAAAAGGAAAAAAGGAGAAUUAAAUCCAAGGUGGAUGAGCUGAAGGCGGCCUAUGACAGAGAGGAGCCCCCGAACUUGGAGGAGUACGACGCGAACACGGUGGCCAGUUUGCUGAAGCAGUACCUGCGGGACCUGCCGGAGAACCUGCUCACCAGGGAGCUGCUGCCGCGCUUCGAGGAGGCCUGUGCGAGGAGCACUGAGGGCGAGAAGGUGCAGGAGUUCCAGCGCCUGCUGAGGGAGCUGCCCGAGUGUAACCAGCUCCUCAUCUCCUGGCUCAUCGUGCACAUGGACCACGUCAUCGCCAAGGAGCUGGAAACCAAGAUGAACAUCCAGAACAUCUCCAUAGUGCUCAGCCCGACUGUCCAGAUUAGUAACCGUGUACUGUAUGUGUUUUUCACACACGUGCAAGAGCUCUUUGGGAACGUGACGCUGAAGCAGGUGACGAAGCCUCUCCGCUGGUCCAACAUGGCCACGAUGCCCACGCUGCCCGAGGCCCAGGAGAGCAUCAAGGAGGAGAUCCGGAGGCAGGAGUUUCUUUUGAAUUGUUUACAUCGAGACCUGCAGGGCGGGAUAAAGGACUUGUCUAAAGAGGAGCGCCUGUGGGAGGUGCAGAGGAUCCUGACAGCCCUCAAAAGAAAACUGAGAGAAGCUAAGAGACAGGAGUGCGAGAGCAAGAUUGCACAAGAGAUAGCCAGUCUUUCUAAAGAGGACGUUUCCAAAGAAGAAAUGAAUGAGAAUGAAGAAGUCAUAAAUAUUCUUCUUGCCCAGGAGAACGAGAUCCUGACCGAGCAGGAGGAGCUCCUCGCCAUGGAGCAGUUUCUGCGCCGACAGAUCGCCUCGGAGAAGGAGGAGAUCGAGCGGCUCCGAGCCGAGAUCGCCGAGAUCCAGAGCCGGCAGCAGGGCCGCAGCGAGACGGAGGAGUGCUCCUCGGACAGUGAGAGCGAGAGCGAGGACGAGGACGAGCUGCAGGCCAUCCUGGAGGAGCUGCAGAGGCAGAACGAGGAGCUGGAGCAUGUUUCAGACUGAGUAGGAGAGCGUCUU